UUAAUUUGAUACAAUCUGAGUUUCGUCUUCCAGUUAUAGUUUACCCUUUCGGCCAAUAAGUAUUAUUUGUAUCCUGUGACCAACUUUGACUGCUGUUAAAACAUUUAAAUUUGUCACUAUGGAGACCUUCAAAUUCCCGCCUAAACGAGAGCAGAAGCUGCCGACGUUCAACGGUCCUCAAUUCUUCGACGUGUACAAGGACGCCGACUUCCUCCGCAUUGAUGCCAAUGUGGAGAGCCUGCUGUGUCGGGGCUAUGAGCUGAGACAAAAACUAAGCUCAGUCUCACCCGGUGACACUGUUGUCAUUGAAGGAAUGAAACUGGAACGAAACACCCCGCUGUUGAUAAAGAAAACCGGCACAGAUAUCAUAGUUGAAGAGUUCGAGUUCACCUUCAACCGCCUGGUUGGGCUCGCCGCUGGCUUCGCCUUGGAGAACCGACGCAGAUUCCCCAACAUCAGAAUCAGUGAUGCUAAUGCUUUAGGCCUGGAGUGGGACAAUGAAAACGAGGACAAAUGCAAGCUUUACCUAUCAACCCUCAGUGGCACUGAAUACCUGACACACCUGUUCUCUUUUUACCCUCUUUUGUGUGGUCUUAGAAAGUUCCAAUUGAAUAAAAUGCCUAUCAAAUUGGUGGAGAAGAUAGGCAAUAUAAAGAACACAGAAGGGAUGACCAUGGCUGCCCUUCUUAAAGCCAACAUGGUUUCUGCCAAACGCAUCUGGCUCAUGUUCCCAAGCGUCUCGCUGCGUGAACUGCGAACCUUGAUCGAAGAUACCCCACAGCUCGCAAAACUGUUCAGUGGGUGAAGAAUAUCUUGUCAACUUGUGGUGACAAUUGACCGGCGGAAUUUAUAUUUAAACUAACAAUUUCAUUCUGCCCCAUUAUUUUUUAUUAUGAGGUACGCUGUAUCUUGUAUUAUUCAAUAUUAUAAUCCCAAAAAUGUAUCGCAAUUUAUUUUUGUUAUUGAUGAUGACAAAAUAAAGCAAUUAUUUGCACAUUUUAUUUUAUUUUCAAGGUACUUCUAGCCUAGGUGAAUUUUAUCAAGAGAGGUCACGGCAAGAUACACAUAUAUCUGAAUGCUAUUAUUUUCACCCUUAUAACAAACAUGUUGGUGCAAUUCUUAAAAUAAAAAUCUGAAAUGAAAAAUGAUAUUGCAUAUUGCUGUGUUAGUUAGAUUCUCGUGUAACUAAAUGUGGACCUCUGAAGUACCUAUGUAGUGCUACAGCUAAACAACCUUUUGAACCCGUAGAAUAGCUACACCAAAUGAUGAUUGAGACUGAGAUUAACCACGUCGAGUACAUUUAAUAGGCCAAUGAAUAACAUUGUUGUAUGAGGAUUGAUAACAAGCUACAAUAUUAAUACUGGAUAGCGCUAGUUUCUGAUAAGCAUACUUAUUUAAAAUGAUUAAAUACCUUCUCUCGGUAUGUACGCCAGUUUAGUAGAGUUCCGUCAGCAGUAAGUGAUAAAACAAUGUUACUAAGAACUUAGUUUUGUAAUAUGACACUUAUAAUUAGUACUAAGAAUGUGUCAGGUUGAUAAAUUAUAAGACACUCGAAUUGCAAUUCAACUAUCAGAACAGUUUCACUGUGAAUAAGAUGUUAGUACUUACGUGUCAUCGGCAAUCAGAAUAAUCAGAUAUUUUACAAUAAAACCACAAUUAAAUAUUAU